AUGGACAGAGAAAAGUACUGGUACAGGGAGGUGCUGCCGGUGACGGCGAUGGUGACAAUGGAGUGCAUGAACGUCGGCCUGAACACGCUGUUCAAAGCGGCCACCGUUAGGGGCAUGAGCCACCACGUCUUCGUCGUCUACUCCUACGCAGUCGCCGCUCUCCUCCUCCUCCCUUCCCCCUUCUUCUCCUCCAGAUCAAGGACGCUGCCUCCGGUCACCUUGUCCGUCGCAUGCAAAAUCCUCCUUCUUGGGCUCAUCGGGUCCACGUCGCAGGUGAUGGGAUACACGGGAAUCAACUACAGCUCGCCCACGCUGGCUUCAGCCAUAAGCAACCUCGUCCCCGCUUUCACUUUCAUCCUUGCACUCAUGUUCAGGAUGGAGAAGCUAGCGCUCAGAAGCUCCACCAGUCGAGCUAAAAUCAUAGGCACCGUAGUAUCAAUUUCAGGCGCAUUUGUAGUCACUCUUUACAAAGGUCCGGCGAUCGCACCGCCGGGUCUGCCGCCCUCUGUUUCACUUCGUCAGCCCAGCUUGCCGCCGUCCAAAUGGGUCAUCGGCGGACUUUGCCUCACGACAGAGUAUCUUCUCGUACCAAUGUGGUACAUUGUUCAGGCACAGAUCAUGAAAGAGUACCCAGCUGAACUGACGGUGGUCUUCUUCUACAACUUGUGCGUUAGCAUCCUAGCAGCGAUCGUCGGCGUCAUCGCGGAGCCGAAUACCAGCGCUUGGAGAAUCAGAUUUGAUAUAGCAUUGGUCUCUGUAUUAUGCUCGGUCAGUAGACAAAGAAGGAAAGAACCUUGUCGCUGCGGUCAUAACUUAAUAGCUAGACUGAAUGUGGUGGAUUCUGUGUUUGCGCAGGGCAUAUUCGGGUCGUUCUUGAACAAUGCCGUGCACACAUGGGUGCUGCGAGUCCGAGGGCCGGUCUAUGUCGCCAUGUUCAAGCCACUGUCCAUCGCCAUUGCAGUGGCCAUGGGGGUCAUCUUCCUGGGCGACACUCUGUAUCUGGGAAGCAUGGUUGGAGCAACGAUAAUAUCUGUCGGGUUUUACACUGUAAUGUGGGGGAAGGCGAAAGAAGACAUGGCUGAGGGUUGUGAAACUGGCGACGUGGAAUCGUCGCCCUCAUCUGAUGAAAGAAUCCCUCUGCUGCGAAGCCGCAAAAACUGAAGAAAUGUAGACCGGGCCGCCUGGCAACUCAGAUCUCAGUAUCAGCAGAGCGGGUAGGUAGAUGAUUGGCAUUUAUCUUUCAACUGUAAAAAAUCCUAAGCUUAAGUGACAUCACAACAAGAUGCAUAGACGAUGUACAGUUUAGAGCCCGGUUUGAUUGCACUUUCAUUGUAAUGCUAUGAUAAAUUACAGAAAACUAAAAAAUACUGAAAGAUCUCUCAAACAAGACUUCAUAUUUCUAUCA